AUGUCCCAGCUCACCCCCGGCAAAAGGGCCCGCGACAGAUACAUCCCCUUCAACAAUGAUCCCAAAAACGUCGGCACUCGGUCAGGCAUGGUCAUGCCCCAAAACCUUCCCCGCCGCGAAGGCCUAGAAGACCCCGCAGCAUACUUCAACUCUCCCGACAGGCCCCCAGGCUCGAAUAGGCGCGAUACGAUGAACUCGACCUAUUCGCGCGCGACGUACAUGACCACGCCAGGUGCCCGGACCACCUACACCUCUGACGACGAUGAUGCGGCAUCCAGGGGGGAUAUGGAGACGCCGGGGACGGCGAGGAGGGUGUCGAGGGCGGGGAGAGGGAGGAUGAGUGAUUUGGAUUUUGAAGAAGGGAUGCGCGGUGGGGAUGAUCUGUUGCAGGAUGAAGAUGACCUCGCGAUGGCUACACCAGGCUCCUAUUUCCCCGGAAGCAACCCACCAUCCGUCUCCCUCCCCUCCGGCUCCCGCCUAAGCCGCUCAUCCCCAGCCACCCACACAUCCUACGAUGCCCUCCCCUCCCCCUCCAAAUCCCGACCCACCAAAGAUCCUCGUAAAUCGCAUCUCGUCCCCCGCUCCGCGCCCAACAGCGCGCAUAAGAAGAGUGGGCUGUCGAAUGGGAGGACGGCGAGGGCUAGUGAGAGUGAAGAAGAGAGAGCAAGGAGUGGGAGUAGGAGUGAUAAUGAAGAGCUGGCGCCGACGCCUUCGCCGGAGCCGGAACAGCAGGUAGAGGCGGAGCCACAAGCGGAUUAUUCGUUCAACGAUGAACCUGGGCCUUCCAACUUUGGCGCAGACGACACUGUCGACCUCGGGGACGAAGCUCCAUUCGACGACGACCAGCCUAUGGCGCCCAUGGACGACUAUGAUGUCCAAGGUGCCGAGGAAGAAGAACGCCGUCAAGCCGAAGCUGGCUCCGCUUCAGAAGAAGAUGAAGAAGAUAAUGGAGGGUAUGAUGAACCUCUUCCUGAAGUCGAGAUGGAGCAAGAUGAUUCUGAACAAGAACAAGGGUCGGAAGAGGAGGAAGAACGAGCGCCGGUGCAGAAGAAGAAGAGUAAGGGGAAGGACAAUGCAAAGACGGCGGCGCAGAAGAAGAAGGAGGCUGCUGCUGCUCGAAGGAAGGAUCCCGCACCGAGGAGAGAGCGAAGUCAGUCGGCGCAGCCUAGAAGAGCUAGACUGUCGGAACUCGAUGCAAACGGAAACGGCGUCACCGGCAACUUCCUCACCCGCCGCUCCGGCCGCCAACACAUCAAACCCCUCGAAUACUGGCGCGGUGAAAAAGUAGUCUACGCCCCCGGCCCCGGACUCGCCAUCGUAUCCGAAGUCGUCACCAUCCCCGAAGAGUCCGCCAUCCCCUUUGCCGCGCGAAACAAGAGGCGCGGGCACAGAGCUGCCAGUGCGUCCAAAGGGAGUGGAGGGGGAGGAGGGAAGAGGAAGAGGAGGGGGGAUGAUAGUGAGGAGGAGGAGGAGGAGGAUGAAGCGGGGUGGGAUGAUAAGACGGAACCGACGGGGUUGAUCCAGGAUUUCCCGGGGAAAGCUGAAUGUCAUCGAAAAAUUGCGUGUCCGAAAGCGCUGCUGGUGCCGAAAUUGGUCCAAGGCGGGAGUUUCAAGUAUCAAAAAGUCUUUGGCGAAGGCGGGUUCAUGGCUGCUGGUGUCGUUUACGUCCCUGUCGGGGAAAAGAAGAAUACCAAGCCGUCCAAGGACAAUGCUUAUGUCUUUUAUGUGAUUCAAGGAGCGGUGCAGGUAACAAUUUACCGGACGAGUUUCGUCAUGGCCCCUGGUUCCCAAUUCCUCGUCCCGAGAGGCAACGACUACUGCAUCGAAAACAUUUCCCCAAACAAAGAAGCCCAACUCUUCUUCGCCCAAGCGCGUAAGAUCCGCGCAGGAGAGGAAGAAGAAGAAGAUAUCCCCGAGUCGCAAGGCGGUCCUGCUAUGGGGGGUAUGUCGCAGGAGAUCAGGCCGGGGGGUAGUCAGGGUGCUAAGAAGAAGAAGGGGGGGAAGAAGGUGACGGGGAAGGGUUCUGCGGUGAAGGGGAAGGGGACGGGUAAAGGGAAGGGGAAGAGGUUGCCGGCUGUAAGAGAGGAGAGUGGGAGUGGGAGCGAGAGUGGGAGUGGCAGAGGGAGUGACGAGGAGAAUGGAAGUGGGAGCGAGGAAGAAGAGUCGGAACCGGAACCGAUCAAGAAGAAGAAGGCAAAAGCGAGGAGAUAG